AUGGCUCUUCCUGUGCUACAACCAGCUUUUACCAUGAGCGCUCUUCCGGUCUUCUCAUCGCCGCCAGCGAGCAGGACACCAUCACCGGAGUACAUUGCGACUCGGCUGCACUCGAUAGCAAACUACAAACUUAGGCUAGAGUCAUCACAGAACGAUCCUGUCCUUCGAAAACUGCUAGGGCACAUCUUCGUCUAUGACGCCAUUCGCGACCAUCACCAGAACCACUCGGUAUACACAUCACCUACACAAUCCCGACGACGGCAGCAACAGCUUCAACGGCGGCAGCAGAGCGAGCGAUCCCAUCUGCCCCUACUCAGCUCAGUUGAGGAGGAGAUUCCCGCGUCCACCGAGUCAUCUGACUCAUCAUCAUCAUCUUCAAAUGCCGAAGACAUCUCGAAUUACCUAUCGACACUUCCCUCCGCAGACAUCCCACCAUCAUCGGUCCAGGCGUUUGUCAACUUCCAGCAAGCCAUCGCCUCGCAACUCGCCACGUUAUCACAAUUACGGCUGCAAAAUGCAUCGCGCCAACUAUACCAUAUGACCACAGGAAAUGACGAGGGCGACGAAAUGGCAGUGGAGGAAUACGACAGUGAUGAAGAUAUCGAUGACGAUAGCGAUUACGACAGCUAUGACGGUGACGACGCUGACUGGCGAUUCGAAGACGACAAUACUGAAACGGGCGACAGCGACACUGAUCCGGAAAGUGUUCCUUCUGAGCCUACAUCACCUACUCGGAGGACUUUGGGGCGAUGUCAGAUUGUGCUCCUUCGGGAAAGGACUUGA